GAGAGUACAGCACGCGCGCGCGCGGACCUCCGAACAACUUGUCGUGCACUCCUCUCGUCUUUUUCCUGGCUUUUCGCCCUUUUCUUGCCUGGCGCGUGCACGAGAGCAACAGCUGGCGCCCGCCCGCGCUCGCGCGCGCGGACCAGGACUUUUUCAUUUUUAUUUAUUUUAUUUUAUUUUUUUAAAUAGAGGCUUGUCCGUGGACACUUGUCAUCUCGUCGCCCGUGGCUGGAAAUGACGACGCGUGCGCGCGCGGCGCGAUGUGAAGACGACGACGUGCAGACUUUUGACACCUGGUAGCGUGGGCCAGCCAGCAGCAGGAUCAGGAUGACAAGAUGGCCGGCUGUGUGUUUCCAAUGGGACCAGAGAGCUUUCAGCGCUUCACGCCGGACUCCCUGGCGGCCAUCGAGCAGCGCAUCGCCAAGGAGGAGGCCCGCCGCAACAAGCACUACCAGGAGGACCUCGGCGACGUGGAGGUCCCUCGGCCCCGGGCCGACCUGGAGGCGGGCAAGCAGCUGCCGCGCAUCUACGCCGACAUCCCCCCUCACCUGGUGGGCGUCCCCCUGGAGGACAUCGACCCAUACUACUUCAAAGAUCAGAGGACCUUCAUAGUGUUGAACAAAGGCAAAGCCAUCUUUCGCUUCAACGCCACGUCGGCGCUCUACUUCUUCAGCCCCUUUCACCCCGUGCGCACCGUCGCCAUCAGGAUCCUGGUGCACUCAUUGUUCAGUUUGUUCAUCAUGUGCACCAUCCUGACCAACUGCUGCUUCAUGGCCAUGUCGGAACCCGCCGUCUGGGCCAAAUAUGUCGAGUACACCUUUACGGGCAUCUACACCUUCGAGUCACUGAUCAAGAUCUUGGCCAGGGGCUUCUGCGUGGGUCCCUUCACCUUCCUACGAGACCCCUGGAACUGGCUGGACUUUAGCGUCAUCGUCAUGGCGCUUUUAACAGAGUUUAUCAAAGUAGGAAACCUGCAGGCGCUGCGAACCUUUCGAGUCCUGCGAGCCCUGAAAACCAUCUCGGUCAUCCCAGGCCUGAAGACCAUCGUGGGCGCCCUGAUCCAGUCGGUCAAGAAGCUGGCCGACGUGAUGAUCCUGACCGUCUUCUGCCUGAGCGUCUUCGCACUGAUCGGCCUGCAGCUCUUCAUGGGCAACCUGCGGCAAAAGUGCGUCCGCAGCACGGCGCACUGCGUUAACGACAGCCUGCCCGCCAACGCCUCCUUCUUCUGCAACAACAAGACCUGGACCUCCGUCAGGCACUUCAUUAGCGAUGAGGACAACUUCUACAAGGUGGAAGGCGCCAAGGACGCGCUAAUCUGCGGCAACAGCAGCGACGCGGGGAAGUGCCCGGAUGGUUUCGAGUGCCUGAAGGCGGGCCGCAACCCCAACUACGGCUACACCAGUUUCGACACCUUCGGCUGGGCCUUCCUGUCGCUCUUCCGCCUCAUGACUCAAGACUACUGGGAGAACCUCUACCACCAGACGCUGCGCUCGGCCGGAAAGACCUACAUGGUGUUCUUCGUGGUGGUCAUCUUCCUGGGCUCCUUUUACCUGGUCAACCUGAUCCUGGCCGUGGUGGCCAUGGCCUACGAGGAGCAGAACCAGGCCACCAUCGCCGAGGCCUGUCAGAAAGAACGCGAGUUUCAGCUGGCCGUCGAGCGCCUCAAGAAGGAGCAGCAGGCGGCCGCCCUGAAAGCCCCGGACUCGGACUCGCCGCCGUCCCCGGAAGCGUCUCCCUCGGACCUUCGGGAGGAGCGACGGCGCAGUCGGGCGCUGGUGGCCGCGGGCGACGUGGAGGCCAACCUGUCGGAGGAGAAGCUGCUGCAGCCGGACGGCAAAGAGAGCUCCAAGGCCCUCCACCCCCUGCUGGCUCGCUCUUUCUCCACCAGAACCCGUCGGAGCAGCCAGGUGUCGUCCAUCUUCAACUUCCGCCUGAGGAGCCGCGGCUCGGAGGCCGAGAUGGCCGACGACGAGUACAGCGUGCCGGGCGACGUGGCGGAGGCCGGCGCCGGCGGUCGCACGUACAGCGGCGGCACCUUCGCCGGGAUCCUGGCCCAACCUUGGCCCAAACGCCGACCCAGCACCUACAGCAACGCCAGCAGGAACUCGCAGGUAUUUUACCCCACCCUGAACAUCAACGGGAAGCUCUUCGUGGCCAUGGAGCAGAACGGGGUGCUCUCGCCGCCGCCGUCGCUGCCCGCCUGUACCAUGGAGAAGGUCAAGGAGGAGAGCGUACCCACGUCAGGCACGGAGCCGGGCGCGGUUAACCUCCCUCGGCCUGGUUCGGAGCGGCGGGGACGAGCGCCGAGCGCCGCCAGCCACCUGACGGACGCCAUGGAAGAACUGGAGGAGGCGCAGAAGAAAUGCCACCCGUGCUGGUACGCCUUCGCCCAGCGGCACCUGGUGUGGGAGUGCUCCCCCUGGUGGCUGCGGGUCAAGCGUCUGGUCAAGCUGAUGGUGAUGGACCCCUUCCUGGACCUGGCUAUCACCGUCUGCAUUGUCCUCAACACGCUCUUCAUGGCCAUGGAACACUACCCCAUGACGGAUGACUUCAACGGCAUGCUCACUGUCGGCAACCUGGUGUUCUCGGGCAUCUUCACGGCGGAGAUGUUGCUGAAGAUCAUCGCCCUGGACCCGUACUACUACUUCCAGACGGGCUGGAACAUCUUUGACAGCAUCAUUGUGUGCCUGAGCCUGAUGGAGCUGGGCCUCUCCGACGUGGAGGGACUCAGCGUGCUGCGCUCCUUCCGACUGCUGCGCGUCUUCAAGCUGGCGCGCUCGUGGCCAACGCUCAACACGCUGAUCAAGAUCAUCGGAAACUCCAUGGGCGCCCUGGGCAACCUGACCCUGGUGCUGGCCAUUAUCGUCUUCAUAUUCGCCGUGGUGGGCAUGCAGCUCUUUGGAAAGAACUACCAGGACUGCGUGUGCAAAAUCUCCAAGGACUGCUCGCUCCCACGUUGGCACAUGAAGGACUUUUUCCACUCCUUUCUCAUCGUCUUCCGCGUGCUGUGCGGCGAGUGGAUCGAGACCAUGUGGGACUGCAUGGAGGUGGCCGGCCAGCCGCUCUGCAUCCUGGUCUUCAUGCUGGUUAUGGUUAUCGGCAACCUGGUGCUGCUGAACCUGUUCCUGGCGCUGCUCCUCAGCAGCUUCAGCUCGGACAACCUUUCGGCGCCGGAUGACGACGGCGAGAUGAACAACCUGCACAUCGCCCUGCACAGGAUCGGGCGGGGCUUGGCCUGGUGCCGCCGCCAGGUGUUGGAUUUCUUCAACGGGAACCUGAAGCGGCGUCGGCAGAACCGCAAGGAGGCCCAAAGCAUGCUGAAGCUGAAGCGUUUGAGCGGCGUCCGCGCCGAAGCCAACGGCGGCGUGGCGGGAGCGGCGCCGGCCCCCGAGGCGGGUCCGCGGCCGGCCCGGGGCGAGCCCCUCAACCAGCUCCACCUGCCGGGCCGCCACGUGGAGAAGUACGCGGCGCCCGAAGACGACAGCUACGUGACCGACCCCAACCUGACCGUCAGCGUACCCAUCGCGCCCGGCGAGUCCGACGUGGAGUUCCCGGAGGAGGAUGAGGACGACGAUGACGAUGAGGUGGACCGAGACGACCGCAGCGACGACUCGCGGGAAGACGACGCCGAGCGCCAACAGAAGGACGACGUCAGCCUAUCGGAGGGCAGCACGGUGGACCUGAGGAAGCCCGGCGACGAGGAAGACGAGUACUCUGAGAUGGCCGAAGAGGCCGCGGACCCCGAAAACUGCUUCCCCGACAUGUGCACGAGCAGAUUCAAGUGCUGCGAGGUGGACACCACGACGGGGUUGGGUCAGGUGUGGUGGCGCAUGAGGAAGACGUGCUACCACAUCGUGGAGCACAGCUGGUUCGAGUCUUUCAUCAUCUUCAUGAUCCUGCUCAGCUCGGGCGCGCUGGCGUUCGAGGACAUCUACAUCGAGCAGAGGAAGGUGGUGAAGGUGGUGCUGGAGUACGCCGACAAGAUCUUCACUUACAUUUUCAUCCUGGAGAUGAUGCUCAAGUGGCUUGCGUACGGAUUUAAGAAGUAUUUUACCAACUACUGGUGCUGGCUGGACUUUCUCAUCGUUGACGUGUCGCUGGUCAGCCUGGUGGCCAACACGUUGGGUUAUUCGGACUUUGCCGCCAUCAAAUCCUUGCGGACGCUGCGGGCGCUCCGACCGCUGCGGGCGUUGUCCCGCUUUGAAGGCAUGCGGGUGGUGGUGAACGCGCUGAUCGGCGCCAUCCCCUCCAUCAUGAACGUGCUGCUGGUGUGCUUGAUCUUCUGGCUGAUCUUCAGCAUCAUGGGCGUCAACCUGUUCGCCGGCAAGUUCGGGCGCUGCGUCAACCGCACGGGCCACGUCCACGACGCCGCUCGGGUCAACAACAGGUCCGAGUGCGACGCCCUCAACGACACCUCGCUCUACUACUGGACUAAGGUCAAGGUCAACUUUGACAACGUCGGCGCCGGCUACCUGGCGCUCCUGCAAGUGGCGACAUUCAAAGGCUGGAUGGAGAUCAUGUACGCAGCGGUGGACUCUCGAGCCGUGGAGGAGCAGCCCAUCAAGGAGAUCAACCUGUAUAUGUACCUGUACUUUGUCAUCUUCAUCAUCUUCGGCUCCUUCUUCACCCUCAACCUCUUCAUCGGCGUCAUCAUCGACAACUUCAACCAGCAGAAGAGGAAGAUAAGAGGUCAGGACAUCUUCAUGACGGAGGAGCAGAAGAAGUACUACAACGCCAUGAAGAAGUUGGGCUCCAAGAAACCCCAGAAGCCCAUUCCCAGACCUCUGAACGAAGUGCAGGGCUUCUUCUUCGACGUGGUGGCCAAGCAGGCGUUCGACAUCAUCAUCAUGGUUCUGAUCCUGCUCAACAUGAUCACCAUGAUGGUGGAGACGGACGAGCAGUCGCCGCAGAUGGAGCGCGUCCUCAACAACAUCAACGUGGCCUUCAUCGUGCUCUUCACCUCCGAGUGCAUCCUCAAAAUCGUGGCGUUGCGCUGCUACUUCUUCACCGUGGGCUGGAACAUCUUCGACUUCGUGGUGGUCAUCCUCUCCAUCGUCGGCAUCGUGUUGGCCGACAUCAUCGAGAAGUACUUCGUGUCUCCGACGCUGUUCCGGGUGAUCCGUCUGGCGCGCAUCGGGCGCAUCCUGCGGCUGAUCCGCGGCGCCAAGGGCAUCCGCACGCUGCUGUUCGCGCUGAUGAUGUCGCUGCCGGCGCUCUUCAACAUCGGUCUGCUCCUCUUCCUGGUCAUGUUCAUCUACGCCAUCUUCGGCAUGGCCAACUUCGCCUACGUGAAGCGGCAGGCGGGCAUCGACGACAUGUUCAACUUCGAGACCUUCGGCAACAGCAUGAUCUGCCUGUUCCAGAUCACCACCUCGGCGGGCUGGGACGGCCUCCUCAGCCCCAUCCUCAACAACUCGCCCGAGGAGUGCGACCCGCGGGCGGCGCACACCGGCACGGGCCAGCGUGGCAACUGCGGCAACCCCUCGGUGGGCAUCGCCUUUUUCGUCACCUACAUCAUCAUCUCCUUCCUCAUCGUGGUCAACAUGUACAUCGCCAUCAUCCUGGAGAACUUCAGCGUGGCCACCGAGGAGAGCACCGAGCCGCUGAGCGAGGACGACUUUGAGAUGUUCUACGAGGUGUGGGAGAAGUUCGACCCGGAGGCCACGCAGUUCAUAGAGUACGCCAAGCUGUCCGACUUCGCCGACUCGCUGUCGGAGCCGCUGCGCAUCGGCAAGCCCAACAAGAUCAAGCUCAUCUCCAUGGACCUGCCCAUGGUCAGCGGCGACAAGAUCCACUGCCUGGACAUACUCUUCGCCUUCACCAAGCGCGUGCUGGGCGAGUCGGGCGAGAUGGACGCCCUCAAGCAGCAGAUGGAGGAGAAGUUCAUGAUGGCCAACCCCUCCAAGAUCUCCUACGAGCCCAUCACCACCACGCUGCGCCGCAAGCAGGAGGACGUGUCGGCCGCCGUCAUCCAGCGCUGCUACCGCCGACACCUGGUGCGCCGCCAGCUCAAGGCCGCCUCCUACCUCUACCGCCGGAUCGUCACGCCGCGCCGGCAGCUCGGCCGGGACGACGACCGAGACGACGACGACGACGAAGGGGCGCCGGAGAAGGAGGGCCUGAUCGCCGCCAUGAUACGCGAGAACUACGGCUCCGGGCCUGUGGGCGCCGAGCGUUCCGAGACCGUCUCGUCCGCUUCCUCGCCGCCGUCCUACGCCAGCGUGGCGCCGACGCCGCCCGACCCGACCCGAAGUCGACCCUAAUGCGGCCCCCGAACCACGGACCAGAGGUUUCCUCGCCUUCCUGUCGCCCCGCCCGCUGGACGCUCGUGAAACUGCAGCGGCUCCUAUAUAUUUGCUAGCGUUGCACCGAUAUCGGUACCGAUACGCCACUACGUCACCAAUUUAUCACAAGUACACUUCCGAUCCGUUUGAAGUGGAAGGCUGUCAGCGAAUAGACGUUCGUUACCAAACCUCUCACGUCAAAUGGAUCGGUUGCCUAGCUCUGUUGAUCUUUUUAAAAUCCAAAUAAUCUAGGUAUUUCAUUCAAUGCUUUGACUUUGAUUGGAAUUUCUCCUGUACCAACAUGGCUGUCCUGAGGCCAUAUUGGUUAGGGCCAAGAAAGUCCUUUCAUGCUUCAAGUCUGAAUUUGAGUAUUACAAGUAGUCGUCCAAUCCAUAUGAAGCGGGAGGUGUUUGUUCAUUUGCUCCCAACCCUCCAUCUUCAAAUGGAUUGGCCGUCUAUCGCUAUCCAUCUCUGACCAAGCCGUAAUUACAAUAACUGCAGUUAUCCCAGACAAUAGUCGGUGAUUUAAUUACCUGUCAUGUUCCGGUGAACACUUCCGCCUUCUUCAGAGGGUCACUGGUCUUUGGUGUGACGCGUCUUUAUCAGCUAACGGAUGAAGGCAUGACUCACCUGUCAGAUUGACAGGCGAGUCACGCCCUCUGCUGACCAUUCACUCUUCCAGGUUGCCGGUCCAGGUCGUAGAGAGCAUGUACGCCCCCUUGUCGCUGUUGAUGGUCCUCGGGCCCCGCUUGCGGAUCUCAAUGAGCUCCCUGAUCCAGCGCUGAUGUUUGUUUUCUUCGGUGCGGAUGACUCUGGCCUUUUCCCAGUCCAUGAUGUGGUUUUCCCUUUCGCAGUGAUCGGUGAUGGCUGGUUUGUGAUGUUCUUAUUCAGGCCCGAGCACUAAGUGUGCGAGAGCCCUAUUGUAAUGCAAAGGAUUAUUAUUAUUUCUUGUCCUUGACAAAUGAAACUGGCCAAUGUGGAGGCCUGAACAUGCUCCAAAACUCAACAAAAUUUGCAGAUAUGUGCGGCUUCGCGUACAUUUCGAUAAUUGGCAAACGUUGCGAAAAAAUGUAACAAAAUGGCUGAUUUUUUUUUUUUUAAAAAGCCCCUCCUAUUAGGUUUUUUCAACAUAGAGCAAUGAAAUUUGGGGAGUCCAUACCUUGUGCAAAACUGCUCCAAAAAAUCUCUUGCACCCAUAUUCCAAACCCAACAGGAAAUCGGGUAUUUUGGAAUGAAUGUAAAAAUUUUACCAGCUGUGCACAUUUGAGACCUUGUCGCCCAGGGAGUUAGUUGGAUCCUCCUCAAAAUUGGUGAGACUGUUCAUGAGACCUAUAUUAAGUUUUCAAAAUGGUACAUUUUCAUUCAUGAGUCUGACCUGGGAGGGGUGCCAACGUCGGCCAUUUUUUUGGCAUAACACCAAAUUCAAGAAAUGACAACUCCCUGAUACAACGUUCAAGCUUUUUCAUAUCUGGUAUGUAUGUGAGGUAUCCCAGCCUGAAGUCGACUGCAUUGAAAUAUUACCCAUUAGGCCUGGCACUGCCUGCUUAGUACAGGAAACUUUUUUACGAGACUGGCUUCUCCUGGAAGGGAAAAAAAAAAUCAGUUGCCCUCAAACCUGUUUCACGGGAGCCUCAAGACAUGUGUUCAGGUGCCUGAUGAAAAAUAUUGAGGUUUGGUUGAAGCAAAAGGGUCCAAACAGGAAAGUGAAAAUAACAGUCGCCAUUUUGUCUUGCCACGAAUGUUGAACUGUCAUAACUUGGCAGACAUAUCUACAGCUUAUUUGCUUCAACGCUACAGUGCCAACUAGUGGCAACAGAAAGUCACUCAUUUUACUUGUCCAGUUACAUUCAGGUUGGUCAUUGUAGUUUCAAAACCUUUUGUAAUACAUUUUAAGGCCCAUGUCCACACAUCUGUCUGUUGCCGUGAUGACCCUUUGUUACUCAUUAAACGGAAUUAUAUUUUUUUCAGGGACUUGGCCAGUUUAGCCAUGGAAUGUGGCACACUUGGUCGAAUUGGCCCAAUUAGAAGAUUCAUUUCAGUUUUGAAUUUGGGUGUGGCUGCACAGCUCAGUAGUGCCUCCUUUUUUAUAGGACCCUCUUAAAUAGGGUUUUUUUUUUUUCUCCUAGGUGUGUAAUUGCAUUUUCAAUCCCCCAAAAAAAGAAACGUCAGGAAAUUAAAUCACCUAUUAUUGUCUGGAAUAAAAGAAACAUUUCCACUAAUCAAUAGGUGUAGGUAAAAUGAACUCAAUACAACUAAUAACUGCAGUAAUUUGGUGUUUAAAGAAAAAGAUUUAGAUUUCUGUAUCGGGAACCAAAAAAACGGUAUGGGUGCAACGCUAAUAUUUGGCGCGUGAGCCGAGCAAAAGCUUCUGUAGUCCUACGUCGACAGGCUUUUCCACGGCUGCUCCACGAUUGACUUUUUUUUUUUUAACUAUUUUUUAGCGUAACUCCAGGGAGACGAAAGCUUUGAGCUUUUCCUCUUUGGGACUGCGACGAAAGACGAGAAUUUUCCAGUUCUGGACAAAAAUUGCUUCUUUUUGUCGUUUACGCAAAGCAGAUGACGACGACAAUCAGCGAAAAUUUGGACUGACGCCAUGGACUUUUUUUUUCUGCUCUUUUUGGCGCAUCUGAUGUCAAAGUUGGGGGGGAAAGGCCUAAAAGAGAAGCUCCCGCUUUCCGUGUUCCCUAAAAAAACUCAUUCCAAACGAGUGUAUUUGCACAGGAGAAGAUAUACUAUAUAUCUGGAUCUAAUAUGUAUAUAUCUAUCUAUCUAUAUCUAGUUAUCAGGUUCCCUCCCAAAGAAGAACGGUCGGCGUCCUCGUGCUGGUGGUUCUUGAUUUCCCGACGACUUGUCGUUUUUGCUUUUCUACGACCCUUGUUUUGCACAGAAGACAAAAAACAAACCACAAAAAAGCGUGAGGAGCAAUAAACGCCGGCCGGGCCCGUGACCCGGAAGCUCCCGGAGCGAGACUUCCGGACAACGGGAAAUGCACAAAACGCUCACUUCUCUUUGUGUCAAAGUGGCGCUGUGGUCCCACCCCCCUGUUUGGAGGACAGUAAAAAAAAAAAAAAAAAAAAAAGGGAAAGUGUCGCCACCUGGACUUUUGGAAUUCUGCUGUUGAAAGCAGAAGUCUGUUCCCAAGUGUGGCGCCACGUACGCCGUGUGCUGAAGGGCUCUUUUCAGUAGCAAUAGACCGCGAGUGUGCCUGCCCGCUUGCAACCGCACUCGUCCGCAUCGUAAUCGCCCCCCCAAAAAAUUAAAACCUCCAUAGAUAUCACACGAAUAUACAGUGCUGGCCAAAAGUAUUGGCACCCCUGAAAUUCUGUCAGAUAAUGCUCAAUUUCUCCCAGAAAAUGAUUGCAAUUAUAAAUGCUUUAAUAGUAAUAUCUUCAUUUAUUAUGCUUGCAAUGAAUUGACACAAAACUCCAAAAAUGGACCGGACAAAAGUAUCUGCAUCCUCAGCCUAAUACUUGGUAGCACAACCUUUAGACAAAAUAACUUCGAACAACCAUCAAUGAGUUUUUUUCCAAUGCUCUGCUGGAAUUUUACACCAUUCUUUGGCAACUGCUCCAGGUCUCUGAGAUUUAGAAGGGUGCCAUUUUCUGAUCUCUCCACAGGUGUUCUGUUGUAUUCAGGUCUGGCCACUUUCUCCGGUGCUUUCUCUCAAACCAUUUUCUUGUGCUUUUUGAAGUGUCUUUGGGUCAUUGUCCUGCUGGAAGACCCAUGACCCCUGAGGGAAACCCAGCUUUCUCACACUGGGUUCUAUGCUGCAAAAUUUGUUGGUCGUCUUCAGACUUCAUCAAGCAGUCCAGUGCCAGAGGCAGCAAAACAACCCCAAAACAUCAGGAAACCUCUGCCAUGUUUGACUGUGGGGACCGUGUUCUCUUUUUUGAAGGCCUCGUUUUUUUCCCCCCUGUAAACUCUGUUAAUGCCUUUUCCCAAAAAGCUCUAUGUUUGUUUCAUCUGACCAGAGAACAUUUUUCCAAAACUUUCUCUGGUAAGUUUUGGCAAACUCCGGCCUGGUUUCAUGUCUCUGUUUCAGAAGUGGGGUCUUCCUGGGUAGAGUCCCUUUUCAUUCCGAUGCCGACGGAUAGUACGGGUUGACACUUUUGUACCCUCGGACUGCGGGACAGCUUGAACUUGUUUGGAUGUUAGUCGAGUUUCUUUCACUGAAAUCUCUCAUCAAUCCGUCCAUAUCUAGGGAGGUUAGCCACAGUGUGAUGGGCUUUACAGUUAUGGAUGACACUGCGCACGGUAGACACAGGAACAUUCAGGUCUUUGGAGAUGGACUGGUGGCCUUGAGAUUGCCCGUGCUUCCUCACAAAUUUGCUUCUCAAGUCCUUAGACUUUUUUUCUUCUUUCUUUCCUCCAUGCUCAAUGUGGUACACACAAGGACACAGGACAGAGGUGGAGUCAACUUAAAUCCAUUUUAACUGACUGCAAGUGUGAUUGUCAUUGCCACCACCUGUUAUGUACCACAGGUGCUGUUAAUUGCACAAAUUAGAGAAGCAUCACAUGAUUUUUCAAAGGGUGCCAAUACUUUUGUCCGGCGCAUUUUUGGAGUUUUGUGUCAAACGAUAAUAAUAGAAUUUUUUUUAUUCUGUUUUGUGUUUUUUCAUUGCAAGCAAAGUAAAUGAAGAUAUGACUACCAAAGCAUUUGUAAU